AUGCCUCGCCCCGAAGCGUUCUUUUUACAUGGGGUCGCCGUGGGCGUGAUGACAUAUGGCUUUAUUGGCCUUAGAACGCUACCCAUAGAUGGCUGGAUCCGAGCACAGAAAGGAGGGCACUUCCAGUUUCUGACUAUACAAGGGCUGGCUGCCGCUUGGGUGACUAUGAUCCUAAGCCUUGGCUGUGAUUUGCUGCCUUCAUUUGCUACCCUUCGCACAGCCAAGCGUGCUUCCCUUAUGAUAGCUCUCCCUGUAACUCAUUUCGCCUCUCUGACGCUGUCGUUCAUUGAUGAAUCCAUCCCAGCUCACAUUUGUAAUAUCCGCAGUCUUCCGGGUCUAUCUGAGCCCUCUUCUUCGUCGACCCUCCCUUCACUGGCACGGAUUCCUUUCAACAUAGAUUUCUCUCUCCAUCUCGCUCCCGUCAUCACCCUCCUUGUGGACUUUAUUUUCUUCGAGAAGAAAUAUACCAAAAAGCAAGCUCAAAUUGGCUCACCACUUGUUGUCCUCGCCUGUGGGACAUGGUAUUCCUGGUGGGUAGAACAUUGCGCUAGUUAUAACCAUACAUUCCCAUACCCUUUCUUGACGGAAAACCCAUUCAACAUCCGCAUUGGCAUCUAUGCAUUUGUGUCCUUCCUUGCUUGGAGCUGUUUCCGCCUCAUGAAUGCACUCCAUCCUUAG